UUCUGACAGCUUGACCUGCUGUUCAGUGCUACACCGUCGCGCGCACUAUGAGCUAAGAAAGGGGUUUGCUAACUGUGCUGUAGUGUUUACAUCUGCCUCAUCCCUGCACCUUAAUGUUUUGCACCAAAACCGUGUCAGCCCUGACCUGGGCAAGUGCGGACAUUCACCUGAAACGGCUACUCUCCAACCGAAGACUCCGGUCCACAGUCACCUCCACCUCGACGACGACCCAGUCGGAGCGCGCGGACCAUGACGGAAGCCGUGGUGGUGCUCACCGUGCCCCGAGACCGUCACAGAUCCCCGGGGGAGCAAGGACAGACGGGACCGUCUCUGCCGCUAAUAAUAUGUCCGUAGACUUUGAGCAGACACGGGAGGCUUAUAAGAGCAAAGACUCAUUAGAGCUUCUCAGAAGUUUGGUGGUUUUCAAACUUUGUUCAUAUGACUUCCUGGUUGAUAAGAAUCAAGAGAUCAUGGAUCUUGGAAAGAAGGUGCUUGGUGAGAAAGCCUUUCACCAGAUUAUGAAGAUGACUUUUUAUGGGCAGUUUGUUGCUGGCGAAGACCACAGAGCCAUCAAGCCUCUCAUCCAAAAGAACCAGGCUUUUGGUGUUGGCUCUGUCCUGGACUACAGUGUUGAAGAAGACAUCAGUCAGAACGAAACGGAGCAGAACGAGAUGGCCUCAUGUGCGACCGCUGCAGGGAAUGAAAGCAUAGGCGGGGACCACAGAGAGGAGACAAAACAUGAAGCGCAGAAAGUAUUCAGUGACAGUCAGGGGGGACUGAACGGAGCCCGCACGUAUUCCUAUGCCGACGAGGUCAAAUGUGACCAGCAUAUGGAAACGUUUAUAAAAUGCAUCAAAGCAUCUGGUGGGAGUUCAACGGAUGGUUUUUCUGCCAUCAAAAUGACUGCACUGGGACGACCACAGUUUCUGCUCCAAUUCUCAGAAGUCCUGAUGAAAUGGCAGCGAUUUUUCACAUUCCUGGCAUCACAGCAGGGGAAAGAUGGCAUGGAGGCCUUAGAGCAGAGACUGGAGCUGGCACAGCUGCAGGAAUUCUUGACCAAACUCGGCACAAAAGGGGACUUUUACGGCUGGUUUGCUGCAAAAAAAGCAGAAUCUACAGGGUACAUUGACAUGCUUGACUGGAACAGCCUCAUAGAUGACAGAGCAAAGAUAUCGGAUCUGCUUGUUGUUCCAAAUGUAGAGCUAGGUAAACUGGAGCCUCUGAUGCAGAGGUUCACAAUAGAAGAGGAGAAACAACUGCAAAGGAUAUUACAGCGUUUAGACAUCUUGGCAAAGCAUGCCUUGGAAAACAAUGUCUGCUUGAUGGUGGAUGCAGAGCAGACCUACUUCCAGCCAGCUAUCAGCAGACUGACACUGGAGAUGCAGAGGAUCUACAACCGAGAGAAACCUGUUAUUUUCAACACCUACCAGUGCUACCUGAAGCAAGCCUUUGAUAAUGUAACGAUGGAUGUAGAGUUGUCUAAACGUGAGGGCUGGCAUUUUGCCGCCAAGCUGGUGCGUGGGGCGUACAUGUAUCAGGAGCGAGAAAGGGCCAAAGAGAUUGGAUAUGAGGACCCUAUUAACCCUGACUAUGAGUCGACCAACAGAAUGUACCACAGGUGCUUGGACUAUGUGCUGGAUGAGAUUGCACUCAACAGAAAGGCCAAUGUAAUGGUUGCUUCCCAUAAUGAGGACACAGUAAAACACACCUUGAGAAGAAUGAAUGCGCUGGGUCUCUUACCAACAGAGAACAAGGUGUUCUUUGGUCAACUACUUGGCAUGUGCGAUCAGAUCAGUUUCCCACUGGGCCAGGCAGGUUUCCCUGUCUAUAAGUACGUUCCCUACGGGCCGGUGAGCGAGGUGAUGCCCUACCUGUCUCGGCGAGCGCAGGAGAACCGGGGCUUCAUGAAGGGUGUCCAGAAGGAGAGAGAGCUGCUGUGGAAGGAGCUGAAACGCAGGCUUCUCUCUGGGGAGAUUCUCUACAGACCAGCAUACUGAAAACACAGAGGAAGAGACUCAGAGAAAGCUCUGGUAUCCAUCAAGUGGACAUCUUUACUGCUCCAGAAGGACCGCCUAAAAUGUCAACGAGACUGGGCUGGGCAUCUGUCUUUAUUAGCCUAUUUAUCUUGGUGAGGCAGAACAAUAAUAAAAGUUACAGGUUUGAUUGAAAUUGUGGCAAAGCAAAAAUUCUAUAUUUGACUGGGUUGUUUGUUUUUUACUCUUUGUAAACCAUGUGCUACCUGAAUAUAUCUCCAUAUUGUUUUUUUGUGUGUUUGGGGUUGUAUUGCCUUGUUUUAAAACAAAGCCUGUUUAUGAAUGAGUGAGAACGUACAAACCUCACUGCACAUCCGUCUUCUAAUAGUGGAAGGGUUUUGUUAAUGUGCUUGCAGGAGAAAGUUAUAUUCUUGGUCAGUGAGGUGUUACAGUUGAAAGUAUGGUGUUCAAUAUUCAGUGAGCAAAUCUCCUUUUAAUUGAGGGCCCUGCAAGCCUGGAGAGGUUGUUUUUUUUUUCCUCAUUACAUUAAUACUUUGCAAAGCAGUAGUAAGGUAGAGGACUGCCUUUUGUUCUUAUUAUGCUUUGAUAAAUUAACACUGAUGUAAAUGUGCUCGAGGAAGGUGAUUGAAUUUGUUGGUUUCACAUCUGUCACUUUUUGUAAAAAUUCUGGGUUUUAUUCUGAACAAAUAACAGAAGCAUACAUCUUAUAAAUAGAUUUUAGUACAGUGUUAUUGUGUGAAAUAUUGCAGCUGAGAACAGUUUGCACAGUUUGAGGUAUUUUUGGUUUUAAUGAGAAACACAUUCUGCUCAGUUAUUGAUACACAAUUACUAUUUGAGUCAGGGAGGUAACCAAGUUUCAUGAUAAUUACAGCCCUGUCAUUUUUAUGAGAGCAAGUGAGCGCUCUGUAGACCAUCAUUUAAUUACCCGUGAUGCUAAACUCAAUACAGAUCACAGAAAUUGGAUGCAUUAAUCAUUACUCAAAAGAAACUUUAGUGGCUGUUGAGUAUUACUGAGGCAAAGCACCACAGAGCUGUCACUGCUGCUCCAUUCGAUCGGUUUAAUUAAGAAUCAAGUCGACUUGAUUUAAGAUGUACCUUUGGGUAUACAUUCACUAACAACUCCCUUCUUGCAGGGAGCUGGAGUUGUUCUAGUUGGCUUCAGUUGAUUUAGAGGAGACAUAGAUGGAAAAAUUCAGCACAAGUUCUAAGUCAGUCGAAACCCAGCAUGGGCUCAGCAUAUUAUCACCAACACUUCUCCCUACAUUAAAGCACAUUGGGUUAUGUUAAAGUCAGCAUAAGGUGACUUGGAUAAGGAAUGUCGACGCUGCACUGUGAAAGAUGGGGAAAGUAUGCUCAUUGUUCUGUGCUUCUUGCUGUUUGGGUGUGUCCUUGUUAUUUCAAUGUUAGCAUGAAUGUCGGGCUUAAGCACAGCUAUAGUUGUGAAAAAGAAAACAUCAUCUUUGACAUUUUACAAUUUAUUAUGAAGGGUAUGGUUUAAAAAACAUGGCAUAGUUUGUGCCCCCCUAUUGAAUGCAGAUACAUUUAAAAAGUAAGUACUGAGGUGCUGAUAAUCAGAUGCACUGCAUUAACUGAUCUUUAUCAGCGAGUGCCUCUUUAAAAGCAGAUGUUUCUACAGUUUUGCUUGUUUGAAGCAUUUAGGUAUGUGUUAAGACUGUACUAAGGAAGAAAUAUUUCUGCAAUGAUAUUAGAAAAGUGGUUGUUGCCCAUCAAUUAUCCAAACGUGUGAUGUAUAACUAUGAUAAAUACUUUGUUUGAAACCCUAAAUAGGAGUAAGGUUAACCCAAUAUUCUGCUUGAAUUUCUACAAAUAGAAAUGUACAUUUUAAAGUUUAAUAAACAGAAUGUGGCACAUUAUAUUAUUGUUAAAAGAACAGAUUGUUUUUCAUUUAAAUCAUCUAAAAUCCACUGAUGGCUCCUGAAUCAAAUUAAUAUAAUUAUCCAUUGAAUCAAUAUUGUAUCAUGAAUAAUCUUAUGAUUUACUCCUGUACCACCAAUUUAGGAAGUGUUGUAAAGUCUUAGGAUUGGAAAUUGGAUUCUAUAAUUCUACAGUGAGAAAUAUUAUACACAAGUGGCAAACAUUAAAAACAAUUGCAAAUCUCCCGUCCCAGAAGCAUCACCCCAUGCACUGCUCAUAAAAGCUGUAUAAAAACCAAAAGCCACAUCUUAGACUCAACAGGCUAGUAUUGUGUUAAAUGUUAGACAUGAUGGCACAAUUAGAAAUUAGCUUAUGCUACAGGACAAGUCCAGACCUCAUCCUGAUUGAAAUUCUGUGGUGGGACCUUUAGAAAGCUCCUGAUUUAUUUGCAAACCUCAAUAGAUUAAAGCAAAGUGAUUAUAUUAAGUCAACAUUCUUCCACAGCCAUUUGACAGACUGAUAAUGUCCUAUGGAAAAUAAAUACUUCAAAUUACUGUUGCUUAAAUAAUUGUUCUAGAAGCUCCUGAAUCAUGGGGUGUUCUUAGUUUUCCAAUUAAACUCAUUUUGUCUUAGUUUUUGCUAAAUGAAUAAAGGUAUGUAUAAUAUUU